AUGUUCCAGCAGUCUCUUCCUUGCUGGCCCCUGCUGGCCACCUUUGCCCAGCUUGGCUGCUUCUUUCACUGCACCUGCCCUGGCAGCUUGUUUCACUGCAGCAAGCUCAGCCCGCAUCUGGUGGUGUGCAACCUUUCCCAGCACGCAGCCAAUGUGUUUGGAAAGAAAAGGGAAGGUGUACAGACGGAGGAAGUGAGGUUAGUUGGUGGUGUUGAAGGCGGCGGUGGUGGUGGAACUGCAAAGACUCUGGGGCAAACAUCUGCCGGCGCACUGCCCCCAAAGUCUCCAUCACAAUUCCUAGUCGUGAGCAGCGCCCAGCGGUUGCCCAGCUUGUUGACACAGGUGGUGUGCAACCUUUCCCAGCACGCAGCCAAUGUGUUUGGAAAGAAAAGGAAAGGUGUACAGACGGAGGAAGAGGUGUGCAACCUUUCCAAGCAAGCAGCCAAUGUGUUUGGAAAGAAAAGGGAAGGUGUACAGACGGAGGAAGAGGUGUGCAACCUUUCCAAGCAAGCAGCCAAUGUGUUUGGAAAGAAAAGGGAAGGUGUACAGACGGAGGAAGACCCGACCCUAGCUCUUACGCUAGGACACGAUGUGGUUAACAUUAAAACAAAUUUACACUUGCACGGCAGCGUGCCGCAUGCAGUUGCACGACAAUAUUACAACAUACACAUCAUGUCCUCUCAGAUAGGAUGA